UGUUCAGAGUGAUGGACAGAUGUGGACUGCUUUAAGCCUGCCAGUGGCCCCGAGGGGUUUUACAGAUGAAGAAACUGAGACACAGGGAGGUAAUUUCCUCAGGCCAUGUGGAUACUAAGAGAAGAGCUAGGUAUGCCACCAAGACUCCUGGGUUCCAGGGAAUGAAGGUGGCUUGUUGGAGAAAUAAGGGUGCUGGCAUUCCCCAUGUGCCACUGAAAUAGUGUGCAACUGAGUCCCUCAACAGUUCAGUCCAUUCUUGCUUUUACCCAAAGCCCCGAGACCUCCUCUGGACCCUUCUUAUCUGUGGACCUCACCGAGUCACCUCUUCACUGUCCUGCACCUCUGUGGUUGAAUCCAAUUCCUGUAAUGAAAGCCCCCAACUCCUAUGGGGGGCUGUCCAUUCUGUUUAUCUCCACUUAGCGGGUAUUUAACAGAUAAGCCACCAAGUGGCAGUACAGCCACAUGUGCUGAGACUGUGGUCGUGAACAAGCCAGACAAGAAGUUUCCAUCCUCAAGCGGCUUACACUAUCAGGAUACAUAGGGGGUGAGAAGCAAAAAAAUCUGUGCUUUCCUUACCAUUGUGCUGGGUCCUGGGACAUGGACCCAAAUGAACUGAUGCUGUAGGGUGGCCCCGGGAGAGAAUGGAGGAGGCUGGAGCAGAGUCACAUGGUGACAAGCCCUCCAGUCUAACCUCUGUAGCUGGCAGGCAAUGAGGAGCUACAGUAGCCUGUUGAGCAGGAGAGAGAUGUAGGUACCGCAGAGAAGAGGGUGUGGAGGCUGGUGAUUGUCUGUCUUUCUCCCCACACAUCUCCCUUAGGAAUUCUGUGCGGCUAGUCAUCCGGAAGGUUCAGUAUGCCCCAGAGAGGCCUGGCCCUCAGCCCACGGCCGAGACUACCAGACAGUUCCUUAUGUCGGACAAGCCCUUGCACCUUGAGGCAUCUCUGGAUAAGGAGAUCUAUUACCAUGGAGAACCCAUCAGCGUCAAUGUCCAUGUCACCAACAACACUAACAAGACUGUGAAGAAGAUCAAAAUCUCGGUACGCCAGUAUGCAGACAUCUGUCUCUUCAACACAGCUCAGUACAAGUGCCCAGUGGCCAUGGAGGAGGCCGAUGACACUGUGGCACCCAGCUCAACGUUCUGCAAGGUCUACACACUGACUCCCUUUCUGGCCAACAACCGAGAAAAGCGGGGCCUUGCCCUGGAUGGGAAACUCAAGCAUGAAGACACAAAUCUGGCUUCCAGCACUCUGCUGAGGGAAGGUGCCAAUCGUGAGAUUCUGGGGAUCAUCGUUUCCUACAAAGUGAAAGUGAAGCUGGUGGUGUCUCGGGGAGGUGAUGUGGCUGUGGAGCUGCCUUUUACCUUAAUGCACCCCAAGCCGAAAGAGGAGCCCCCACAUCGGGAAGUUCCAGAGAGCGAGACUCCAGUAGACACCAAUCUCAUAGAGCUUGACACCAAUGAUGACGACAUUGUAUUUGAGGACUUUGCCCGCCAGAGGCUGAAAGGCAUGAAGGAUGACAAAGAUGAAGAGGAUGAUGGCACCGGCUCUCCACACCUCAACAACAGAUAGACUGGGGCCAGCCCUCGCCCUGGCAGCUCCAGGUUCACCUUUGCACUUGGAUCUUUCUCGUCUCCUUCCCAUUCUGGUUCCCCCCUCCCUUUUGUUCUUCCAGUUUCUACCAAGGGGCCCCAGUGGUCUUCCAAGUCUCGGUGAUAAGCCUCUGGCCGCAGAACUGGCCUCACAUCACCAUGGCAGCAGGACCACAGCACACAUCCUCCUCAGCCAUCUCUCUGCAAUCACUUACCCACCCCCCUUUUUAUGCUCAUUCCCAGAAAGGCCACACACACUACCUGGCCUUGGGAUUUGACUUGAGUUGGGGAGCAGAAAGGGAGGGGUGGGGCCAGAAGGCCGAAGUGAUGGUGGGUAUGCAGAUGUGGAGAGGUUGGGCAAGAUGGCUCAAGCAAGACACAAGACACAAGACACAAGAAGAUGUCCGCAGUCCCAGGAGGUGAUACAGUUUUGGCAGCUAAAAGAUGACUGUAUUGAAGGCUGGAGAAGGCAGGACUGUGAAUAGAUUCUCAAUGGAUUUUUUUUUCUUGUGGUCUAGGCCCACCAGAGACUCCUUCCCCUCCACCCUCAUCCUUGGUCCAUGUCCUUGUGUUUCAUGGGAGAGGCACAUAGAACCCAGGAGUGAAGAGCAA